GUGCUCAGAUUAUUGGGUUCGUUCCAAGUAGCAGCGCACCACAGUUGAAGGGCGUGGUCACGUGACGUACCCUGAACCGCAGCCACGUCGCCAGGAGAAUCAGGAAGCUUUCCAUUCACUCCACUUCCUUGGUAGCUUCUUCUUGAACAACUGCAAGAAUGGUCCAGUUUGAGGAAGUAUCCCAGAAGUCUGCUGUCCACCCUAAACCUGUAGGGUUGGUCCUACAGUAUGGUACUGCUGGGUUCCGCACCAACUCUAAGCAGUUAGACCAUGUCAUGUUCCGAAUGGGUUUACUGGCCACACUCCGCUCCAAGAAGACUAAGGCCACCAUCGGAGUCAUGGUCACUGCGUCACACAACCCUGAGGAGGAUAACGGGGUGAAGCUGGUGGACCCCAUGGGGGAGAUGGUGACCCCUGCGUGGGAGGUCUAUGCCACCCAGCUGGCCAACGCAGAGCAGGAGGAGCUACUCACCGCUCUGAAAGACGUCAUAGAGAGAGAGGCCAUCAGCAUGGCCCAAGAGGCCAGCGUGUUCGUGGGCAAAGACACCAGGCCCAGUAGUGACAGCCUAUCACAGGCAGUACUGGAUGGAGUCCAUGCCCUGGGAGGCCACAGUAAAGACUAUGGCUUGGUGACGACACCCCAGCUGCACUACAUGGUAUGCUGUCAGAACACCCAGGGUCGCUAUGGUGAAGCCACUGUCAAAGGUUACUACCGGAAACUCUCCCAGGCUUUCAUCCAGCUCACUAAGAACGUGCCUAACCGUACAGAUGAUCAGAAGGCCCUGCUGGUGGACGGCGCUAAUGGUAUCGGGGCUCUGAAGGUGUGUGAGAUGGAGACCUACCUGAAGAACGAGCUGCAGCUGUCCCUCUUCAACGACGGCUCCAGCGGGAAACUCAACCACCUGUGUGGAGCCGACUACGUCAAAGUACAGCAGAGAGCUCCCAAAGGGGUGGAGAUGACUGCUGGGGAGCGUUGCUGUUCCUAUGAUGGCGAUGCUGAUCGUAUAGUUUAUUACUACAGCGGCUCUGCAGGGAGAUUCCAUCUGCUAGAUGGAGACAAGAUUGCCACUCUCAUCAGCACCUACCUCAAAGAACUGCUCACACAAGCUGGUCUUGACCUGCAGAUAGCCGUGGUGCAGACAGCGUACGCUAACGGCAGCUCUACACAAUACCUGGAAGAUACCAUGAAGGUAAUCGUGAGGUGUACCAAGACAGGAGUGAAACACCUUCACCAUGCAGCCCAGGAGUUUGACAUUGGUGUUUACUUUGAGGCUAACGGCCACGGGACUGUUCUGUUCAGUAAAGCAGCAGAGGAGAAGAUUCAGAAGCUAGCCCAGGACUCCAACACCAACGACGAGAGGAGGAGAGCUGCACUUCUACUGCAGAACACGGUCAACCUCAUCAACCAGACUGUAGGAGAUGCUAUCUCUGACAUGCUGCUGAUUGAGGCUGUGUUAGCCAUCAGAGGGAUGACAGUACAACAAUGGGAUGCCAUCUACACAGACCUGCCCAACAGACAGCUCAAAGUCAAGGUGGCAGACCGGCGGGUGAUUGACACUACAGAUGCAGAGAGGAGAACAGUGAGUCCAGCAGGUCUGCAGGAGGCCAUAGACAGCCGGGUGAAGAAGUACAGACGGGCACGCUCCUUUGUCCGUCCCUCUGGCACAGAGGAUGUGGUCCGAGUGUACGCCGAGGCAGACACACAGGAGAGUGCCGAUGCCCUGGCACAUGAAGUUAGCCUGGCAGUGUACCGCCUCGCUGGAGGAGUAGGAGAGGAGCCUAAAUCGUUAUAAAACACACACACUAUGCAAUUUAAGUCUAAUGAAAAAUCCAUUAAUCUCCUGAAGAUGGACCACACUUCCUGAAUCCAGUCCCAUUUUGUAGCCUUUUUAUCAGGUGCCAAAUCAUUUUAUACGGUAUACUGCAUUUAAUACUGUAUUAUUGCUACUUUUCUAUUAGUCUGGAAAAUGUGAUUGAUUUCAGUAAAUGUGAAGAGAGCAUAUGCUAAAUAAGGUUAAAUAAAAUGUAACCCCCCUUCUUACCCAACCUUAAUCCAGUCAAUGUAUUUGUUUUGUACUAUUCCCAUGUAAUUAUAAGUGUUUACAUUACCGGUUAUUAUUGUCGAUCAAUUUAGCAUUUCUGUUCAUAUCUGAGUAACUGCACUGCUAUGAACAGAUCUCAACUGGAAAGACUGUGCUGCUAUGUAAUUGUUCAACACCAAGAGUAAAGAUAUGAAAGUGAAACUGA